UCAGUUGAAAAGGAAAACAAUUUUUAACUUUUCCCCUUCAUGUUUCUUUAAUUAUUAUUAUUAUUUUUGCGAAUCAUUUUUAAAUCUUGAGCAAAUUCUCACCCUCUCUGAAUAUUUCAACCCACCUGCACCCGUUCUGGAUCCCCCGAAUUUCAAUCUAUAAAUCUCCUUGGGAUCCAGCUCGAGCGUGUUGGUGUGGUUUUUCUUGCCAAUUUUUGGUAUUUUAUGGUAUUUAUUCCCCAAUUUUCUGUGUAUUUCUUUGGACUUUGAGUGAAUAACUGUGAAGCAAAGGCCUUUUUUCUUGUUUCUUUUGAUUUCUUUGGUGAAUUUUUGGAGUUUUGGUUCAUGAUGUGGAGGGAUAACGGCGUUACAGAUUCUUUCUAUGCUAUUCGGUCUGAAUGCACCGAUGUUCCAAAGACUCGCUUCAAGAUCAGGGCUGGAAAAACUCUCAGUGCACGAAGAUGGAAUGCUGCAUUUACUCAAGAAGGUUACUUGGAUAUGGCCAAGAUGCUUAACCGUAUUCAGCGUGGGGGUAUACACCCAUCAAUCAGAGGCGAAGUUUGGGAGUUUUUGCUUGGAUGUUUUGAUCCUAAGAGUACCUUUGAGGAACGUGACCAUCUGAGACAACAUCGAAGGGCACAAUAUGCAAGAUGGAAAGCGGAAUGCCAAGAGAUGGACUCACUAAUUGGUAGUGGGAGGAUCAUUACAGCACCUAUAAUUACAGAAGAUGGCGAUCCCAUUCAAGAUCCCUUAGUACUUUUGGAAGCUAAUGUGGGUAAAGACUUGCCUUUCCAAGAAAAUGACAGUCCAAACUCUGAUGCUGAGGAUAAUAAAACACGUGCAAAUACAUUAUUUGAUUAUUUGAGCAAAAAUCCCCCAACAAGUGUGUUGGACCAGAGGAAAGGAUCCGCAAGUACUGUUCCUUUGGACAAGAAAGUGAUUCAGUGGAAGCUUACACUACAUCAAAUAGGUCUGGAUGUGGUUCGCACAGACAGGACAUUAGUAUUUUACGAGAAACAGGAAAAUUUGUCAAAGCUUUGGGAUAUUCUGGCAGUUUAUGCUUGGAUAGAUAAGGAUGUUGGUUAUUGUCAAGGAAUGAGUGAUCUUUGCUCUCCAAUGAUUAUUCUUCUUGAUGAUGAAGCAGAUGCAUUCUGGUGCUUUGAACGUUUGAUGCGCAGACUGCGAGGGAAUUUCAGAUGCACAGAGAGCUCAGUUGGAGUCGAGACUCAACUUCACAAUCUAGCAUCAAUUACCCAAGUUAUUGAUCCAAAACUUCAUCAACACUUGGAGACACUGGGUGGUGGUGACUAUUUAUUUGCCUUCCGUAUGCUGAUGGUGUUGUUCCGUAGAGAGUUCUCAUUUGGAGAUUCCCUGUACCUUUGGGAGAUGAUGUGGGCAUUGGAAUAUGACCCAGAAAUUUUCUUUUUGUACGAAGAGCCGGUCUUGGGUAAUGAAAAGAAUAAUGAGGUUCACGCAAGACUGAAGUCGAUAAGUCAGUGUGGGAAAUUUGAGCGAGAGAACAUGAGGAAUGGGCCAAAGAACCAAGAAAACCUCCCCAUAUCAGUUUUCCUGGUUGCCAGUGUGCUCAAGGCCAAAAGCUCGAAACUGUUGCAUGAGGCAAGGGGGAUAGAUGAUGUGGUCAAGAUUUUGAAUGACAUUACUGGAAAUCUGGAUGCCAAGAAAGCAUGCAGUGGAGCAAUGAAGAUUCAUAAGAAAUAUCUUAAAAAGGCUAAGAAGACGUAGCUAUGGAAGCACAGUUCCACCACUAAGAUGGCUAUUGCUGCUCCCAUGUAUGAUAGAGGCAGAUCGCUCUCUAUAUACAUUGUAAAGUAUAAAUGUUCGCCAUCAAUGUUGAGAUUCAGGGGAGCAUGAGUUUAGAAUCCUGCAAUCCAAUAAGCCAACCUAGGUGUAUGUUAUUUUAUGUGACAUGUUUUGCGAAAUCAGUGGUCAGUGGAGUAAUUGGGCUACUGGUGAAGAUAUUUCUCAUCUACCCCUAUGAAUAAGAAAUAUGUGGAUGCAUGAGACUUUCGCAUUCAUUGUAACCAGGAAAGCUUAAGUGUAGUAUAUUGUAUUGUUUGUCAUGCUCUGAUGUAAUCAAGAUACACAAAGUGGUGUUGCUUUCAUACCAAUAAAAAUCAUUCCAUUUUUCUAUUA